GGCACGAAAGAUGCUGCCAAACGCCCAGGCGCAUCUGCGAGCCUUGUUCUUAGGGCCAAUAUCUGCAUCCUGCCUCGCGGCUUUUUUGGGUCCUUUUCCUCUUCGACUGCCUUGAAUCGCAUACGAAAUCGAGCUGCCCCGUCCCUUCGCUGCUGAGCCCCGUGCGUUCGUUCGCCAGCAUCGGACCGCCGGCGUCGUACCAAACGCAUACAAAGACGAAUACGGACAGUGCUGCCUGAGGUGGAGGGCUGAAACCUCAGGCGACAAAGUCCGUCAGCCUUACCGUGAAAAUGGCCGACCACCGGCCGCUGAUCCACGACGACUCCACACCAGACCCUGCUGAAACUACGAACACGCCUGCGUUGCCAUCGCUAGGCUUCAAUAACACCUCGAGCUCUCUCGGAUUCACACCAAUCGCGUCGUCGCCGCCACUGAGCCCGCGCUUCUCGCGACCUGGAUAUACGCGCUUGGCUAGCGAUGCGACUGCAGUCGGGACACCUCCAACUGUGGUCGAAGAGGACGAGGAUAUCGUGGACAGCUUUAGUCGAAGAUCAACGGGUGGAUUAGGGAUAGAAAGUACACCAGCGCAAAAACCUGCGCCCAAUCGCAGAGUGUCGGUACAAUCGAUACCACGACGACCUGUUGGAAGCGUGCGCAGUCCCUCGAUCAAGAGUCCUGCGCUCACCUCACCGCCCAACACAGGCGACCCUUUCCUAGGCGGGUUUCCGCGUUCGGCUGCAAGUACGCCUGAUCUCAGACGCGAGAGAUUCAGUCCCAAGCACGAUGGUGGGGAGUAUGAGUCGUUCAGGCCAGACGGUCUGCAUCAUACCGGUGGAAGCAACACCAGUCUGAACAACGAUUAUCAACAAUUCUUACAUGCCAGCAAGGGAGAUGCGCCCUCUAUAAAGUCAGCCUACCAAACAAACUUCCAUCCAGUUCACGAAUGCGCGACAGAGAAACCCUUCUACCACUCGCGAUUUACGUGGGUUUCUGUCAGCAUCGUAACGAUAUGUCUUUUCUCAACCGUAUUCUCUGGCAUUUUUCUAGGCCUUGCAUUGAGGUCACCUCGAUACGGAAGAUCCAUCUCCAGCCAAGGCUCUUUCCAGCCCUCCGACGCCAUUCUCCUUACGACCGUCUUCGCAAAAUUAAUCGAACUUUCAUUUGUCACUUCAUUCGUUGCUUUUCUUGGCCAAGUCCUCAGUAGAAGAGCAUUCAUGAAAGACCAUGGUCGCGGCGUUACACUCUCUGAGCUGAGCAUGUGGAGAUGGGUUGUGCAACCUGGCACUCUCAUUACCCAUUGGGAGACCGCGAAGUAUGCGGGUCUAUCAAUUCUUGGCUUUCUGAGCCUGCUAAGUGCAAUCUUGGCUACUCUUUACUCGACCGCAGCUACCGCUUUGGUACAACCGAUGCUCAAAGACGGAGGGCACUACACCCCAAUGGUAUAUGCCGGCCGUGUGAAGACGGGCUUCACGAACGUCAACUAUGUGAAAUCCAUCUGCGAAACCCCGAUAACGGAGAAUAUGGACCCAGCGUCUGGCAGUACCUGCUUGCAACUUGAGCAUGCCGGUCAGGGAUACCACAACUAUCAACGCUAUCUUUCCGCUUGGAAAUCAUGGAACCGUUAUGGUAAUGGCUCUUCGGAUCAGCACAUUCGACCACCAGGCUUCGGAUUAUUGCAUGAAAAUACUACCGUCACUGGACAGUGGAUCGAUAUAAUCAACACUACUAAGGAGUCCAAGAAGUACGGGCGAGCCGUCAAUCAGGUUAGCCUGGCAAUGCCCCAUGCCGGAGUUUUUUCGGCAGCUCGUUACGGCGAGAACGACAUCAUGCAGCCCGAAGAGUUGAAUUCAGAAGGCACAUACAGUCUUCGAGCCAGCGUUCCCAGCCCGGUAAUGCAUGUCUUAUGUGCAAACGUGAACGAAACAGAAUUGGCACCCAUCGUGUAUGAUGUGUGGCCGAACAACGAGACUGUUACAAUCACAAAUUGGGUCUCAGAGGGGGUUCAGGCCAAUGCUACUACGAAGAACACCACGGUUCUAGACGAACUGUUCGGCUGGACAAAGAAGGACAACAAGACGUUCAAUGACUACCCACCUGUGUUCCCUAAGUUGCCAUUGCCUUUCAACACUGUCAUGAACCAUACGACACCUGUAUGGGGCAGAGAAUCAAUCUACCUCCUCGGUGCGGGUGCCAAUGCCUUAAAUGGUACGUACAUGGUAUGCAAAAUCCAUGUAACGUUGACGCCCAAUUGCUCCACACAGUACAACGCUACGGGAUCCGGAGGCAGCAUGGAAGCCUUGUGUGAAGACAGAGAUCCACACAUGGCCUACACUUAUAGUAACUCGAGUGAAAAGAGUGUGCCUUUACCGGAUUGGAGAGAUAUCGGCUUCGAUUGGUCAAAUUCGAUGUCACUCAACGCGGGUAUCACGGAUGGCCAAGCGGCCAACGCUCGACUGCUCACAGAGUUGAUGCUUCAAGCAGGCACGGACGGCAACUUCGACCUCAACCCAUUUUUGCCCAGUCCGGCUGAAGCACUCGCUGUGAUGGCUGGGUGCACGCUCCUCAUGAGCGCCAUCGACGCGCCAUACGUCAUGUUCUGGAACUACACCACUGAGGCGCCCCUCCUUGAAGACUAUACCCGCCAAUACUUCAACGGGUCCGUAAAAGCGCAGCAAUACGCAUCCGGUGGUGUGGACGACGCCUCGAAAGCCUGGAUGCUCAUCCUAUUCCUCGUCUUCCUCAUGAACAUCCUCGUGCUCGCGUACUUCCUCUUCCACAAGGGGCUCGUCACCGACUUCUCGGAGCCACCAAAUCUCUUCGCGCUCGCGGUCAACUCGCCGCCUUCCCACCUCUUCGCUGGCUCGUGUGGAGGCGGUCCUGGCGGGAAGCAGUACGUCGUGAACUGGUUCGUCAACUCCGAGGGCGACCACUUGUACAUGGAGCCCGGGCAAAAGGCGGCGCACGCGCACAUCGAGCACGCGCAUCCGCACGUACAUGCGCCACCACCGCCUCCGCCAGUCAACAUGAAGCCUAGCUCUGGCUUCUUUUCCGGCGCCGUAGCAGGCUUUCAGAGACUGCGGGAACGGGGGAUGGGCUUGGGCAAGAUGCAGCGGCCAAAUCAAGAGCGUAUGCGCCCAGCGAGUGUGGCGCAGACGCAUCGGAAUGUAGAGCUUGAAGAUGCGGCGACGAGGACGCAGAGGGAUUAUCACAAGUUGAGCAAGAGGACGAGUGUGCUGUAGAUCAGAUGUAGAAUUCCUUAGGGCGGCUGUUAUCGUUUAAUGUAGUAAUGAUAAUUACAUUGAGCU